AUGUACGUGGAACAUGCUGAAAGUUCCUUUGAAUUACAAGUUGGACUUCAUGAACUGAUGGGAUAUGGUUCAGGUAAACCGUUUCGGCGUGAUUGUUAUGGAAAACGAAAUUUCCACACGAAAACUACUGAAUAUGUCAUAAAUGCAGAUCCCGUAAAAGGUUGGUGUGAAGCAGGAGAAACGUAUGACACCAAGUUUUCAAACCUUUCAUCUGCAAUAAACAAGUGUCAAGCUGAGUGCGUUGGAAUUAAUUUAUCUGAUUUACCUCUUGUUCUGGAGCAGUUCGGUUUGAAUACCAACUGUGCUCAAGGCGAUGUCCCGGAUGCAGUCUAUAUUAAUUGGUUGUCAAUGAUUCCUUCAGUUGUAACUUCCAUGGAGUUUUAUUCUCCAGCAGAAAAUGCUAAUGACAUUGGAUCAUGGUGUCAAGCACAUGAUUGUGCUUGUUAUGCGAUUCUGCGAGUUUUGAUUGAAGCUGACAAUUCUAUGGGACGUGCACAUAAAGUAGUCGGUGAGGACGAUGCAUCUGAUUUGUGUAUUUCCUUGGAUCCAAGAAGACCUUUAACUGUGGCUCGUGCAGCAAUUGGUGAAUUCUUAGGAAAAUUACAAUAUUACAAAGGUAAAGCGAAUGCUAUAGAUGGAUGUGCUUUCUUCCCACACCAUAGUCAACUACCUUCAAAAUAUUUGACUGAUUUGUUCUGGCAUAGAUGGCUACGUGGAUAUCUUCUGAUGCUGCAAACAAGAUCUAAGUGGUUGGAUAUGAAGCGUAACCCACAACCUGGUGAUCUCGUCCUAGUUAACAGUGCUGACACACAGAGAGGUCCCUGGCCAAAGACUAUAGUUGAGCAGAUGUACUAUGACCAAGAUGGCCGCGUCAAGACGGUGCAGGUGAAAACUGCAACUCAAGAAGUUGAACGAGAUAUGAGAAGCUUAUGUUUGUUGGAAGAAGCAGACGACUUUGAGGUUCCAGGUACGAGAAGUCAACGUGGUGAUCGUUGGCGGGGAGUGUUAAUCGCGACAGAUAGAUAG